AUAUACAUCCAAAUAUUUGUAUUGAAAUGACUGAUGAUGCUAACCUUUAUUCACUGACAUGUCUGAUGGGGCUUUUAUUAUGAAAUACGUGAUGAAAUCUUGUUGCAACCGGAAAAGCCUGUCACCGGCACACACGCUUCUCAGCAACCACCGAAGCAGCAGACAUCAUGGGAGAGCAUCUGAGCCCUGAUGAGAAGUUCCAGCUCAUCACCAGGAACCUUCAGGAGGUUCUUGGUGAGGAGAGGUUGAAGGAGAUCCUGAAGGAGAGGGAAUUGAAGGUUUACUGGGGAACAGCGACCACAGGCAAACCCCAUGUGGCUUACUUUGUCCCCAUGUCAAAGAUCGCUGACUUCCUGAAGGCGGGCUGCGAGGUGACCAUCCUCUUUGCUGAUCUCCAUGCCUACCUAGACAACAUGAAGGCUCCCUGGGAGCUGCUGGAGCUCAGGGUGAAGUACUACGAGCAGGUCAUUAAGGCUAUGUUGGAGAGCAUUGGAGUUCCCCUUGACAAACUCAAAUUUGUCAAAGGCACAGACUUUCAGCUCAGCAAAGAGUACACUCUGGAUGUUUACCGACUGUCAUCCGUGGUCACUGAACACGAUGCAAAGAAAGCAGGGGCUGAGGUGGUCAAACAGGUUGAGCAUCCUCUUCUGAGUGGUCUGCUGUAUCCUGGACUACAGGCACUGGAUGAGGAGUUUUUAAAAGUAGAUGCUCAGUUUGGGGGUGUGGAUCAGAGGAAGAUCUUCACAUUAGCAGAGAAGUACCUGCCCUCACUUGGGUACACCAAACGUAUCCACAUGAUGAACCCAAUGGUUCCUGGACUGACCGGAGGCAAGAUGAGCUCCUCUGAGGAGGAAUCCAAGAUUGACCUGUUGGAUAAGAGCCAAGAGGUGAAGAAGAAGCUAAAGAAGGCAUUCUGUGAGCCUGGAAAUGUUGAGAAUAAUGGCAUUCUGUCCUUCGUCAAGCAUGUGCUUUUCCCGCUGCAUUCAGAGUUUGUGAUUAAAAGAGAUCCAAAGUGGGGAGGCGACAAAGUCUACACUGACUAUGAGGAAGUGGAGAAGGACUUUGCUGCAGAGCAAAUCCAUCCUGGUGACCUGAAGGCUUCAGUAGAGUUGGCUCUUAACAAGCUGUUGGACCCCAUCAGGAAGAAGUUUGAAACCCCGGAGUUGAGGAAACUGACAACAUCAGCUUACCCAGAGCCCUCUAAAAACAAAGGAGGAGCGAAGGGCAACCCUAAACAAUCCGCAGAUGAGGAGGAGGUCAUCCCAUCCAGAUUGGACAUCAGAGUAGGCAAAGUCAUCAGUGUAGAAAAGCAUCCAGAUGCAGAGUCGCUAUAUUUAGAGAAGAUUGAUGUGGGGGAGGAACAGCCACGGACUGUAGUGAGUGGACUGGUGGCCUACAUCUCCCAGGAGCAGCUUCAGGACCGUCUUGUAGUGUUGCUAUGCAACCUAAAGCCUCAGAAAAUGAGAGGGAUUGAAUCCCAAGCCAUGCUGCUCUGUGCUUCAAUUGAGGGAGAGCCCAGGAAAGUGGAGCCUUUGGAUCCACCAGAAGGAUCAGCGCCAGGAGACCGUGUUUUUGUAGAAGGUUAUGAAUCAGGCAAACCAGAUGAUGAAUUGAAACCAAAGAAAAAGGUGUUUGAGAAGUUACAGGUGGAUCUGAAGAUCUCAGGCGAGAAUGUUGCACAAUGGAAAGAGCAAAAUCUGAUGAGCAAACUAGGACAGAUCACCUGUAAAACACUGAAAGGUGGAAAUAUUAGCUAGACAGUCUUCACCAUUUUUCUCAAAAUCUUCAAAGCUUGAGUUUCGAUGACAACCCAAUAUUCCCAUGGCAAUUACUCAGUGUCAGGUAUUACUCAUCAUAGCCAUCAAAAACUGCUACCUGAUGGGAAA